GGGCCGAGCUGAGAGGGCUGCCCGUCCAGUCAGUUGCUGAGGCGCUGCGCGUUGCUCGCUGAAGGGGGUCGAAGCCGCGGAGGAGCCGGAGGUCCCGCUCGGGGCCCGCUUCCCCUCCCCUGCACCCCGGCAUGGCGGCUAGUGAUUCUGAGCGAGAGGCAAAUCCCCCAGAGAAAUCAUCUCCUGAGAGAGAGAAGAAAAAGGAACGAUCAGAUGCAUCCAGUUCACCUAGAACUUCAAAACACCAUUAUUCAAGGUCACGUUCCCGAUCAAGAGAAAGAAAACGAAAAUCCGAUAAUGACGGGAAAAAAUACAGAAGUCGGAGCAGAAGCAAAGAGAACCAACUUCUUCUUAAAACAGGCACGAAGACAUGGGUCCAAAGAGAAGUCCUCCAAGAAGCACAGAGCUGAAGAGCAUAACGACAAAGACCACUUUUCAGAUAAAGGGAGAGAGAGCCUGAACUCUUCGGAGAAUGGCGAGGAUCGGCACAAGCGCAAGGAGAGGAAGCCCUCCAGGGGACGCAGCCAUUCAAGGUCUCGUUCGCGGGAAAGGCGGCACCGUAGUCGAAGCCGCGAUAGAAAAAAAUCCCGCUCCCGAAGUCGAGAGAAAAAGCGGCGUGUGAGAUCCAGAUCUCGAUCUAAAUCCAGACACAGGCAUAGAAGCCCCAGCAGAAGCAGAACCAGGAGUCGGAGCAGGGAAAGAAAGAAGAGACCCGAAAAACCACGAAGGUUCAGCAGAAGUCACAGCCGAACUCCGAGCCCCCCGCCUUUCAGGGGAAGAAAUACAGCGAUGGAUGCUCAGGAAGCCUUGGCCAGAAGGUUGGAAAGAGCAAAGAAAUUGCAAGAACAGAGAGAGAAAGAAUUGGUUGAAAAGCAGAAGCAACAGGAAAUGGUCGCCGCGGCAGCUGCCACCGGCGGGUCAGUCAUCAACGUCGCAGCUCUCCUGGCGUCAGGGACACAGGUCACUCCUCAAAUAGCCAUGGCAGCUCAGAUGGCAGCCCUGCAAGCGAAGGCUCUGGCCGAGACAGGAAUAGCCGUUCCCAGCUACUACAACCCAGCAGCAGUGAACCCCAUGAAGUUCGCCGAGCAGGAAAAGAAGAGGAAAAUGCUGUGGCAGGGCAAGAAAGAAGGGGAUAAAUCACAAUCUGCGGAAAUCUGGGAGAAACUGAAUUUCGGAAAUAAGGACCAAAACGUCAAGUUUAGGAAGUUGAUGGGUAUUAAGAGCGAGGAGGAAGCCGGGGGCAGCAGUUCAGUGGACGAGGAGAGUUAUAAGACUUUGAAACAGCAAGAAGAAGUCUUCCGCAACCUGGAUGCACAGUACGAAAUGGCCAGGUCACAGACACACACCCAAAGAGGAAUGGGGCUGGGUUUUACGUCUUCGAUGCGAGGAAUGGACGCCGUUUGAGGGAAACGCCUUCGGGCAGCUUUGAGACUCCGACCAAGAUUCCGUGGUUGAGAUGUUGGCUUCCUCCUCGUUCACCGAAAGCUGGCAUCCUAGCUUGCAUGGGUGUUAACAUUGACUUUUUAUUUAUUGACAUUACAAUUUUUUUUGUAAAUACCAGAUCAGUGAUAACUGGUGUCCCAUGUUGUAAUCAGGUUAUUAUACUCACUUCCAUUAUACACACGCCAGAGCUCCAGAAGGACGCUUCUACUUUGGUUUUCAAACAGAACAGCCGAGGGUGAACUCGCCACACGGAUAUUUUGUGUCUCUCUCGUGUACUUUUUUGUACUUUAAACUUGUACAGUUAUUUUCAACUCUUGGAACAUAAAAACACAUUGUGUUGGUGUUAAAAACUAGCAGAACGGGCCCGUUGGGUACAUAAAUGCAGUGCAACAACCUGGUUAAUAAAACAUGUUUUUUUCUCAAGUAGUAUUGUAUUUAAGUUUAGUGGAUAAAUUAUUUCACGAUUUCACAGAGUAUAUUUUUUAGAUAAACGCUCAUCCUGAGGCAGGAAAGUAGAGGAUAGAAUUUAAGUAGCAGACCAAGAAUACUGCAGGUUCUUGGUUAGCUAUAUCAAAAUACUAUAUCCUAAUUAUGCUCGUCUUAUCCAACAAUUCUUUCCUCCCCGAUUUAAGUAGUUUCGUUCUGUGAAAGCUCUAGUUGAAUACUGUAGGAUAAACCCCUCAAAGAUACUGUGUUUUAAUAGCCAUUGCCAGAUCAGGAAAUAUUUUAACAGAAUGUAAAAAGCGAAAUGUAAAGUCCUGUACAAAUAUUAAACGUAAGACAAGAGGUGGCAGCAGUUGUGGAGGAAAGGACCUCAGGCAUGUGAGGAAACAGCCUCUUAUAAAUAGCCAAAAUUUGAUAUUGGCAUCACCAAUGCCCC